UUUCACGUGUGUUCUUGUUGCCUGCGAAACAAUUCCUCCUCGUUUUUCUGAUAAAUUUCAAAGAAAUCAAUUCAAAUUUGGCAGCGAAAAACAUUUCAAGAAAAUGUUGAAGACUCGCGAGCAACUCUUGAUGCAAAAAAUCAAGAAACGGGAGCAAAAACGUAAAGAAUUGGUAGCGAAGAAGCGUAAAAAUAGCUUGAACGAGCAAGAAGAGGAUGAAGAAGUUUCCAUGCCCGUAACUCAAAAUGGAGUGAACAAAAAACGGAAACAAGAAGAAAAACAAGCAAAAAAAAACAAGAAAAAUAAAGUCAUUGCCUGUGAAGAAAAUGUCGAAGAUGAGGAAAACCAAGUCGAAAAACCUAAAAAGAAGAAAAAAUCCAAAGUUGAACCCGAAGAUGAAGUAAAAUCUGAACAAGAAGACGAUGAAAAUGACGAAAAUGAAGAAGAAACGUCAGUCGAAGCUCAACUUCCGGGAUCUUCGGGUGUUUUGGAAACUUUAUUAGGCGAUCACAGCUUUUCUUCGUUGAAAGGACGAGUUUCCGACGAAACUUUGAAAGCCAUUGAAGCCAUGGGAUUCACAAAAAUGACAGAAAUUCAAGCAAAAUCCAUCCCUCCGUUGCUCGAAGGUCGCGAUCUCGUUGGUUCAGCAAAAACGGGAAGCGGAAAGACUCUUGCGUUUCUCAUUCCAGCAAUCGAAUUGAUUAACAAACUAAAAUUCAUGCCGCGAAACGGCACGGGUGUCAUCAUAAUCUCGCCAACGCGCGAACUUUCGAUGCAAACUUUCGGGGUUUUGAAGGAAUUGAUGGAACAUCAUCAUCACACAUACGGCUUGUUGAUGGGAGGCGCGAAUCGCACCGUUGAAGCAGAAAAAUUGAGUAAAGGAUUGAAUAUUGUGGUUGCUACGCCGGGUCGUUUGCUGGAUCAUUUGCAACAUACGAACGAUUUUUUGUACAAAAACCUUCAGUGUCUCAUUAUCGACGAAGUUGAUCGUAUCAUGGAGAUCGGUUUUGAGGAAGAUAUGAAGCAAAUUAUCAAUUUGUUGCCCAAAAAACGUCAAACGAUGCUUUUUUCGGCGACACAAACCGAAAAAACUGAAGCUCUAUCGAAGCUUGCAUUGAAAAAGGAGCCAAUUUACGUCGGAGUCGACGAUUUAAAGGCAGAAGCGACAGUUUCGGGACUCGAACAAGGUUACAUUGUUUGCCCGUCGGACAAACGUUUGCUCGUUCUCUUCACAUUUUUGAAGAAAAAUCGCAAAAAGAAGGUCAUGGUCUUCUUUUCGAGUUGCAUGUCCGUCAAAUAUCAUCACGAGCUGUUCAACUACAUCGACUUACCUGUCACUUCGAUCCACGGAAAGCAAAAACAAACCAAACGAACGACAACUUUCUUCCAAUUUUGCAAUGCUGAAUCGGGGAUUUUGUUGUGUACGGAUGUCGCAGCUCGAGGUCUCGAUAUUCCCGCUGUCGACUGGAUUGUGCAAUUUGAUCCGCCAGAUGACCCCAAAGAGUAUAUCCAUCGCGUUGGCAGAACAGCUCGCGGCGAAGGCACCUCAGGUCACGCUUUGCUCAUUCUCCGACCCGAAGAAUUAGGAUUUCUGCGAUAUCUGAAGCACGCCAAAGUGCCGUUGAACGAAUUUGAGUUUUCGUGGAAUAAAAUCGCCGAUAUUCAGUUGCAACUUGAGAAUUUGAUAACAAAAAAUUAUUUCUUGCAUCAGUCGGCGAAAGAGGCGUUUAAGGCUUAUGUGCGGGCUUAUGACUCGCAUGCCUUGAAGGAUAUUUUCAAUAUUAGCACACUCGAUUUGCUGCAAGUAGCGAAAAGUUUUGGAUUUACGUCGCCGCCCGCGAUGGAUUUGAAGAUGGGACACAAAUUCAAGGAGCCUGAAAGGAGAGCGGGACAACGUGGCAUGGGAUAUUUCAAGAAAAUGAAUAAGGAACAUCAAAAAACGAAAAUUUAUCGACAAGUUGGAAGGAAAGAGCUCAAAAAACAUGUCGAAGUUUAAAUUUUGUUUUUGAAAUUAAAUUAAAAAGAGAGAUAAAUAAAUUUUAUUUCAUUAUAAA